AUGAAAUUCAUUGGAAUCAUAAGAAAGGCAGGAAAAGUUUGGAUAACAAACAUCUCGUUAUCAACGAGGACAAAAAAAGCUGUGAGGAAGCUGGUCACGUCUCGUGACAGCCAAAGAAUUACCCCGCGAGCAUCUGUUCAUCUAUAUUCGAUGGAAAACUCGGAUUCAAAUAAUUCAGAAAAUAAAAUAAUGAAAAGUGAACAUAAUGAAGUUAAUAAUCCAACAUUGACAGCACGCAUUGUAACAAGCACAGACAACGGAACAAAUCAGAAGUUAGUGAGUGUUCCAGUAACAUUACCCGUUGGAUCUAUGAUAUCUAGUGACCAAAUGCAACAUAUAAUGAAGCCAAUGCUUUGUCUCGACAACAAUGGCUUCAUCUCAAGCAAUGUUAUCUCAUCAGGUGACGCCAACUCAACAGAGAGCCUCAAGACCAUUGUUAUUCAACAACAACAACAGCAACCAACAGCCGAACAAAUAGCAGCUGAUGUUCAGCACCAACUACAGCAAGUUGAACAACAAGUCAACAGUCAAAAUCAUCAAAACAGCAGCAACAAUAGUCACCACACAUCGUCAAGUUCUAGCGGCAAUUGGGCCGAGCAACCGAUGAAUAUGGACAUUCUUCCAAUUCGAUGUAAAACGACGACAGCCGAAUUAUAUAAAACACGUCUUGGUUCUGGUGGACGUGGUCGAUGUAUAAAGCACAAGGACGGCUGGUACACUCCAAGUGAGUUCGAGAAUCUUUGUGGACGUGGCUCGAGUAAAGAUUGGAAGCGAUCAAUUCGUUAUGGUGGUCGAAGCUUACAAGCACUCAUUGAUGAAGGUGUAUUGACCCCACACGCUACCAGCUGUACAUGCUCGGCAUGUUGUGAUGAUGAUGCUACUGCAUCAGGUCCUGUUCGUCUUUUCACACCUUAUAAGCGUCGACGGAAGGCUCAAUCAGAGCAUAAUGAUUCAUUGAAUAACAGUGGAAAUGGGACGACAACUGUCACUAUUACAACACCACCAGUGAGCACAACAAACAGCAGCAACAGCACCAAUCUUAACAACAACACAAACAUAAUCAAUAAUAACACAACACAACAACUUCACAUUCAGACGACACCGAUACAGAACAACAUCAACAGCACCAGUAAUAAUAAUAGUAGUAACAACAAUAACAACAACACCGUCACAAUUAAUGCAAACAAUGGAAUUAAAAAGAAACGCUUUAGUGUGAAUAUUUUGAAUGUGAAAGCGAGCGGUGCUGAAAGUUCUGAUGAUGUUGAGACUGAGAACAUCACGUUUGCGCCAAGCGUUACGCCGGCUGUGAAAGAAGAGUCUGUUGCACCAUGGCAGACAGUGACGGAGGCGAUACAAGAAAUUCCAGCUGAUUAUGUUGUGGACCAAAUGUUAGCGGAAUUCAACGUGCCAUUUGAACGAAUGCGAGGCAUUCAAAAGCAACUCAACCAACUUAACACCGAUCUGAAACGUUGUAUGGAUGAUUGUAAAGAGAUUUACACGAAGCAUGUUGAGCGUCUUCAACGUGAACGUGACACCGCUCUUCUCGCCGCUAGUCAAAUGGAGGAUCCAAAUAAUAUCAGCGCUCAGUUACCACCGGGACAAACCAAUAAUGAAAACCAUUAUUUUACGUUAAGUCUUUUGGUCAAAGAUCAUUAAAUUGAUAGAUGAAGAAAUGAGUCAUUUGUGACUUGUGAAAAUUAUUUGCAACUUGGGACUUACACCUUGACUUCUUAUCAGUUGAUUUUCAUGAAAAAGAAAGGAAAAAAAUAAGAGAAAAGUACAAUUUAUUAGUUUAGAAACUUUUAAUCAUUAUAAUUAUAAUUAUUAUUCUUUUGUUGUCCGUCAAUCUCCAAUAAGCUGCUUGAGAAUGUUUGGCAAAGAAUGACAAAUUUGGUGGAUGACUCGACUCUACUUUCUUAGUUGUUAUUGUCUCGUGUUAAUAAAUAUUAAGAGAGAAAAACAUGUUGGUUUGCUAUCAACAAGCGUCGUCAUCAUUGUAAAUUGAAAGAGAUAAUUAUUGUCGUUUUAAUUACACCAUCAUCAUCUUUGCAGAAGGAAAAGGAGAAUCUUAAAUCGUUAAAAGAAAUUUAAUAAGCUUACAAAAAUAAGAAUUUCUUUCUUUUUUUAUCGUUUUCAUUUUUCUUUCUUAGACUUAAAAAUGUUUCACCAACAAACCAAAAUCCUUUUAAUCGAUUCAAUUAAGUGGAGGGAAAGUAAGCAACUAAUAAUUUCAUUAUUUAAACGCAUAUACAAUUGAAAUUAAUUAAUUAAGAUUGAUUCCUUUGAUGAGAGAUAGGAAGUCGAUUGAAUUCAACCAAAUAUUACAAUUAAUUAAAAAUAUGUAAAAACUUCAUUAAUUAACGUGCUAAAUUUUUAUUUUCUGACAACUUAAUCAACUGUCAGUUUUCACGAUCAUUUAUCAGGUCGGGUCAGUGGAAGUGAAAAGAAUGAAUCGUGAGUCGACUCACUUUCUUCAUUCUUUUAUGAUUUAAAGGAACGGAAGCUCGAUAAAUCUCAAUCAUGAAUUAAUUGUUUGGCUGAAACUGAAAUAGUUCGCGAUAAGUUUUUUUAUUAUUUGAAAAUAGAGGUUUUUAGUUUAAUUAUGUACAUAAAGUUAGAUGAAAAGUUUUUUUUAUUAUUAAUUAUAUUAUUUUAUGCUGUAAAUUAUCAAACCAAAAAAGAGUAACACGAGUAUGAGAGAAAAGAAAACAAAUACAAUUUGCCAUAGACCGGCCAGUGCUUCAGAAACUUUCUGUCUUUUGAAUUCUCUUUUUGUAAGAAAAUGAUUAGAAUUUUAUACGCUGGAGUGGAAUCAAUUAUCUAAGAAAAAGAAAUAAACAUUUUUGAGUCAUUAGAUUUAGUGAUAAGCGCAUAACGUAACGUAACGAAGUUGUAAUUGUUCAGUUUACCGUCGUCAGAGGAAACCACGAAGUGGAACUUCCUCUCAUGAUUUAAUAAAAUUUUGAAUGUAAAGA